AUGAACUCUCUGAUCGGCGAAGACGUGCGAGGAGACUACAGCCUCCGCGACCGUCAAUUGGGAGUCGUCAUACUCCUGGUGGUGGCCAUCGUGGCCGGUUUCGUCCGUGCUCUUCGGCGCAUCGUCAACAUUCCGGUCGUGGCCGUCGUCGUGGCGAUCGGCUUUGUCGCCGGUCGAAUGGUGAGCACCUACGACCUCAAGGAGAAGCUGCUUCCGGUCACAGACGCGCAGAUUCGGGAGCUUCUGUUCCUCUACCUUCCCGUGCUCAUGUUCACGUCCGCCUUCAACCUGCGCCACCAUCUGUUCAAGCAGUGCUUCUGGCAGUGCGUGCUGCUGGGGUGCGGCGGUCUCGCGUUCAGCACCAUGCUAUUCAUGCUGUACAUGUCGGGCACCCGCGACGCCGAGCAGCAGAACCUGGCGGAGACCGUGCUCAUCAGCCUGCUCACCUGCUGCGCCGAACCCAUGUUCGUGUCAGACUUGGACGUGCUCUCGUCCGCUCGCUCGCACAUUCUAGAGACAAUCAUUAUGGGGGAGCCUUUGGUCGGUGUCACUUGCCUGUGGAUGGCUUACCGGUUCAGCACUUUUCCUGGUAAGCUCACCAUCUACUCCUUUUUUAACACGGUGGUAUGCACACUGUUCGUGGGACCAAUCUUUGGCAAAGUCUUCGGUCGCGUACUGGCUAUGGCCACGAUUGCGCUGUCGCAAGACUUGCCCGUCUCUUUCAUCGUCAAUGUCACCAGCGUGAUCGCCACGUGGGCGUUUGCCGAGAAGUUCCUGUACGGCGCAGGUAUUACCACUAUCGUCUCGAUGGGGCUUACUGCCAGCGCACACUCGGCGGCUACCGUGCACAACCCAGUCGUGCUGAGAAAGUUCUGGAUGCUCGUGAGGUAUGGCUACAACGUCGUCAUCGUCUUCCUCUCGGCGUACCGAAUCGGCCGUGACACGCGUCAGCACCUUGGCUGGCACGAGAUAAUGAGCCCUAUUAACGCGUACGUGGCGAAGAUUGGGGUACGCUUUGUUACCACUAUCGUGCUCUAUCCUCUGCUGGCAUCUGUCGGGUACGACCUGAGCUGGCAGCAAUGUCUUAUCGUGGCGUGGGCGAACUUCAAGGGCGCCAUCAUGAUCGGGCUUGAUCUCACCAGGGCUUUCCCCACCAUAAACCUCGCGUUCGCACUCAAGGAACAGUUCAUACGCAUGGGCACUUUGUUCCUCGUCCAAUUGCUCAACACCACCACGCUUCCGAAGCUUAUGUCAAUGCUAGGCUUGCUGACGCUAUCGGACGUAGAAAGGGCUAACAUGAACAUGGUGAUAAUGGCGCUUCGCAACACGGCUCGCGCCUCGACGAACUUCCAGCGUCGUGACAAGAAGUUUUCGGGAGCCGACUGGAAGUGGGUCCAAAUGCACACCUAUAUCGACAACCCAUAUGCUGGCGUUGAAGACGAAGAGCGCGUUGAGCAGACAGACUCCUACAUUCCCGCGCGCGUAUACCGAAAUGCUGCCGCGAAGAAAGCGAGUGGUUGCAUCUUGAGGCUGCAAAAGGUAUGCUACAACAAGCAGUACGAAGAUGGUAUGAUCCACAACAAGACAAAAGCCACCAUUCUGGCUGCCCUACAGUAUCCGAUGGAAAAGGAGGGCUAUCUCGACUACGCCAUGAUGAGACCCUUCAUAACAGUCCCCGAAUGGAUCUACCGACUGAAGGAUCUCGUGCAGCGUUUUGCCGGUAAUGAGGCCAUUGAAAAACGUCACACCAGGUCCAGUCGUUCUCGUACCGACGAAGAAGAGGAAGACAUAGAGAACGUGACCAUGCUUUCGUCGAUGCUAAAGGAAGGCUGGUACCACGUGCUCGUCGGCUUCGAGGCGCUUGGUUUCGUGCUUCUGCUGAGCGGCCUGGCUCUGUUCAUGUUCCAGAAGGGCACCGAACCAGCGCAGCAUGAACUGCUUCUCUCCGUUGUCACCUCUGUGCAGGGCAUCUAUGUCCUGCUCUACUCGCUCGAGAUGGUGCUGCUCGUGUACAAUGUGGGCAUGCUUCGCGUAGGGAAAGACGUCUGGAAGCAGCUGGACGUCAUAAUGUACUUUCUCGUGGUCGCCGAGUUCGUGCUCAUUAGCAUGGCUUCUGUGCAGAGUGAAAAGCCGGGAAACGUGUACCCCAUUAUCCUACAGGUCAGCUUCAUUACGCUCGUCUCGUGCCGCAUCGUCAAGACCCUGCAGAAGCGCGUGGUGCUGUUUGUGUGGGUUUGGGACCUGCUUGACGGCAUCCUCAACCGGAAGCUGUUCUACGCGUACGACUUGAGCUGGGCGUACAUCACGGCGGAGGAUGAAGCCAUGGCAAAAGUGUUCCGCUUCGUCACUCAGCCGAACCUGGCCGUAGCCAUACGCGAGAACAGCGGCUACAACAAGCUUCAGACGCUCAAGAACGUUGUCGACAUACAACAGAGGUACCCUAACAUCGAGGUCGCCACGAAGACCCGUCAGGCAGCGCGGAGGAUCCUCAAUAAAGCGCUCGACGGCCUGAAAGAGCUGCACGAAGGCGGUCUGCUGGACGACAAGCAAUUCGGCCUGCUUUUCGGCAACCUCUCCUGGAUGAUUCAGCGCGCCGACGGCAUGCCCACCAACGUCGUCGUGGGGAACGCCGCGUUUAACACGAUGCUCAGCGUUCCCUGGCUCACGCACGACGUAGUACCCAGACUGCUGAAGUCCUUCUACCAGUACCUGAAGGAAGGCGAGCUCCUCGUGGAAAAGAACAACAUGCACGACUGCGUCUUCAUCAUAUGCUCGGGCAUUGUCCGUGUCAGCGGGUGCAACGAGGAACCUUGGGCGAACCCGGUGCACCUGGCCAACUCGGAUUCUACGCACUUCUACUUCUGCGAGGGCGCCUUCCAGGACUAUUUGGUGGCUCCGGACACGCUCGGGCUCCUCGGCUUCCUGACGGCCACGCCUUCGGUGUGCCAGUGCGUCUGCGAGACGGACGUCGAAAUGUGCUGCAUUCCCAUGGAAGAGAUGACGCUGCUGGUGGAGCAGAACCCUGAAGCACCUAGCCUCGUGUACCGUAUGUGGUUCAGCGUCGCCAUCCGUGUGGGCCUGGCAGUCCUCGUCAACCAGAAACGGUACCAGGAAUGGACACACGACAAGCUGAAGCGGUUCCUGGAGAACGGGAUCAUGCCCAACCUGUACUACGCCAUCGACUUCACAUUGGACGAGGCUGUGUUGGACGUGAUCCUGAUCCAGGGAGUGGUCCAGUGCCCGAAGACGAUGGAAAUCUACACCGGCCCCACGUACAUCCCGAAUAGCGUGCGAGAGAUGACCUUGCCAGGAAACCCCUCCGGACGCGCGCGGCCCAUCAUGCUCAUCACCACCGUCAUGCGCUACCACCUGCCCAGUGACCUGGACUGGUUCCACCAGCCGCUCACUCACUACGAUUACAGGAAACAGCGGGCCUACUCCUUAGCGGCCACUCGCCCCAGCUAACAUCCAGCGCACUGGCCCGGACCACACCUUCUCGACAACGACAAAGAACACCACCCUUUGUCUAGCAAUCAC